AGUUCGAAACGUUUGGAUCUAAUCAGAAAGGACACAGAACACGACGACGAAGCAAGAAGCAGCAAAGCAAAGUGACAAAAUAUCAAAAUGAAUUUAUUAAUGGAUAAUCUGCCCAUACAAGGGAAUCCUGCGGCAACUGGACGUCGUCCAACACCGCCGCGUCAAGCCGAUUUAAGAAUCUCAACAGCAUCGCCGCAGCAUCAGCAUCAGCAGCAACAUCCACAUCAGCAGCAACAUGCAACACAUCAGCAACAUUUAUCGAACAACAACAAUAAUAAUGAGAAACAAAUUUCUCCACCAAAAACCUCAAUGAAACGAUCAUUCGAUGUGGCAUUCCUCAUGAUGCCCGAUGAAAGAAUCAAACAAAAGCAGGCCGAGAAGCAGGCUCGUCUUGAGGAGGCAUUGCAAAUGCAACAGCAACACAUGCAACUGCAACAACAGCAACAGCAGCAGCAGCAACAACAAUUAAACCAUUAUCCCACUGAUUUAUCACCCCGUGGCAAUGCCUCACAAAUUCACAACUCUUCCCCACCGGCUAUGGAGUACAUUAGCCUAAUGGAGGCACGUCAACGUUAUCCCCAAUUGAGUAUACGUUCGCCUCGCAUCUACGACGACCCCACAUUGGUACUGCCCGUGGGCGGUGAGUCCUCCCCAGAGGCUGUCUCAACAGCAGCCUCAUCACCGCCACCCUUACCCCUACGUAGCGCCUUUACCAAAGUGGCUUCCUCAUCGGUAUCCACCUCAUCAUCGUCCCCCUCGAACACAUCGCGUUUGGAGUCGCCUUCGAUAAUAGAGCCCGAUCAAUUGUCAUGCCAUUCGAUGAGUCCGCCAUUGGAGACGCCGCCUCCAGCAAUGCCCACCUCGGCUGCUGCUGCUGCUGCCCCACCUUCGCCCUUGGUCUAUCACAACUUUCGCCCGGAAUAUCAGUUCAAUGGAGCCUUCCAGGCCGUCAAUUCCAUGCAGGCUCUGCGCCUGAAGCAACUGUAUACCACCAGGCCACCGGGUCCGAAUUGCACACCCAUCAGUCCACCAUCAUCGUCGCCACCAUCGUCGGUGGCAUCAGGUGGACCACCGCCAGAGUUUCUACACGCUGCUGCCGCUUACCCGGGCUUCGCACCACCUCCGCAUCCAUUUGCAGUGGCCCAACCGCUACAGAAUCCAGCCGCAGCGGCCAUACUCUCCACCCUGAUACCACCCACUCUGGCCUCCACAUUCACCCUGACGGCCCAGAAUGUGUGCGCCAAGUGCAACAUCAGUUUCCGCAUGACCAGCGACUUGGUCUACCACAUGCGUUCGCAUCACAAGAGCGAAGUGGCCUGUGACCCGAAUCGUCGCAAGCGCGAGGAGAAGCUACGCUGUCCUGUCUGUCAGGAGACAUUCCGUGAGCGUCAUCAUUUGACCCGGCAUAUGACUGCCCAUCAGGAUAAGGCCAGUGAUCACCAGCCGAACAACAACUCGGCUGCUCCUGGGGAUCAUCAUUCCUCGUCGUCGGCAUCGUCGUCGUCAUCAUCAUCGGCAUCCUCAUCAUCGUCCUCGAUGGUGAUGACCGAUAGCGGUGACAAUGAGAUUAUCAAUGUGGUCAGUGGUUCGCCAGGACGUCGUGGUAGUAAUCUGCACAAAUGAUCCAAGCAUUUUUUCGGAUAUUUUUAAGUCACCUCCCUCGAUCCCUCCCUUUGGCCCGCUUGCCCUCUCCCUCACCACCCAUCUAUCUUUCACCCGAUUGUGAUAUUAAGUUUAGUUAUUUUUUUGU